AACACCUCCAUCUCUUCCGAAGUUGAAGUUUCGAUAUCAGACGAGGAGCUGGUUGAUCUCUUCGAGAAGAUCAAAUUUUCAAUCAUUCUGCUGGCGCGUCUCCAGGGUUUCGUGUCGGAGCCAAACCCACCCCUGCUGACUCAUCGCCUGUUCACAAUUCUGCAGUGA